GCGUUGGAGUGGGAACUGUCCAAUCAGGUGCGCAGCCAAGGUAGAGGGGGCGGUGUCCUGGAGCUGGCGGGGCCUUUGUCUCGCUCCAGCCAGAGCUCAGGGUCCAUCUUCAUUGCUUAGUAUCCUCUGCGCUAGGAGGUCUCGGUGACUCUGUCGCAGCCUCUGUCGCCCUCUGACCUGCAGAUGCUGUGAGAUCCAGAGCUAAGACUCUGGGACAUCCCGGAAGCCGAAAAAUGGAGCUGUUGACAUUCAGGGAUGUGACCAUAGAAUUCUCUUUGGAGGAGUGGGAGUUUCUGAAACCUGCUCAGCAGAAUUUGUACAGGAGGCCGGGCGCGGUGGCUCAAGCUUGUAAUCCCAGCACUUUGGGAGGCCGAGACGGGCGGAUCACGAGGUCUGACUGUUUCUAAGCCAGAACUGAUUAGCUGUCUGGAGCAAAGACAGGAGCCCUGGAAUGUGGAGAGACAUGAGACCAUAGCUAAACCCUCAGGCUAGAUUACAGCCUUACCAUUUUGUAUAUAAAGAAGAGCAACAUAUUAAUAAAUUUCUCUAGUAUUAUGCGAGGAGUCAUGAAAAUCGUUGUAAUUUCAACAUCUAUUCAUUGGUGAAUGUAUGUUUUCUUUUUGUGAGAGAAACAAUUGGGAUUUGAAGCUGUGUCUUCUCAUUACACUGAAGACUUUUUGCCAGAACAGGGCAUGAAAGAUUCAUUCCAAAAGGUGAUACUGAGAAGAUAUGGAAGCUCUGGACUUGAGGAUUUACACUUAAGGAAAGAUGGGGAAAAUGUGGGUGAGUGUAAGGAUCAAAAAGAAAUUUAUAAUGGACUUAACCAGUGUUUGUCAACUCUACCUAGCAAAAUUUUCCCAUAUAAUAAAUGUGUGAAAGUCUUUAAUAAAUCAUCAAGUCUAAACAGACAAAGCAUAAGACAUACUACAGAGAAACUUUUCAAAUGUGUACAAUGUGGCAAAGUCUUUAAAUCUCACUCAGGCCUUUCUUAUCAUAAGAUAAUUCAUACUGAAGAGAAACUCUACAUAUAUGAGGAAUGUGGUAAAACCUUUAAAUGGUUCUCAUACCUUACUAAGCAUAAGAGGAUUCACACUGGAGAGAAACCAUACAAAUGUGAAGAAUGUGGCAAAGCUUUUAACUGGUGCUCGACCCUUACUAAACAUAAGAGAAUCCACACUGGUGAGAAACCCUACAAAUGUGAAGAAUGUGGAAAAGCUUUUCACUGGUGUUCGCCCUUUGUUAGGCAUAAGAAAAUUCAUACUGGAGAAAACCCCUAUACGUGUGAAGAAUGUGGCAGAGCCUUUAACCGGCACUCACAUCUCACCAAACAUAAGACAAUUCACACUGGAAAGAAACCCUACAAAUGUAAAGAAUGUGGGAAAGCCUUCAACCACUGCUCCCUACUUACUAUACAUGAGAGAACCCAUACGAGAGAGAAACCCUAUAAAUGUGAAGAAUGUGGCAAAGCUUUUAACUCACCAUCAAUUCUUGCUGAACAUAAGGUAAUUCAUAGUGGAGAGAAAAUCUACAAACGUGAAAAAUGCGACAAAGUCUUUAAGAGGUUCUCAUACCUUACUAAACACAAGAGAAUUCACACUGGAGAGAAACCCUACAAAUGUGAAGAAUAUGGCAAAGCUUUUAACUGGUCCUCAAUCCUUACUGAACAUAAGAGAAUUCAUACUGGAGAGAAACCCUACAACUGUGAAGAAUGUGGCAAAGCCUUUAAUCGGUGCUCACACCUUACUAGACAUAAGAAAAUUCAUACUGCCAUCAAACGCUAUAAAUGUGAAGAAUGUGGCAAAGCUUUUAAAUGAUGCUCACAUCUUAAUGAACAUAAGAGAGUUAAAAAGAGAGAAAUCCUACAAGUAUAAAAUAUGUGGGGAAGCUUUUACUCACUGCUCAAACCUUACUACUUAAGAAUUUUUACUAUCGAGAAAUCCUACAAAUGUAAGGAAUGUGGCAAAGUCCUUGAAUCUUGCUCAAGCCAUUGAAAUCACAAGAUAAUUCAUACUGGAGAGAAACACUACAAAUGUGAAGAAUGUGGGAAAGUCUUCAACCAUUGCUCACACUUUAUUGCACAUAAGAAAAUUCACACUGAGAAAAAUUCUGAUUUUAAAGAAUGUGGCAAAGUGUUUAAUAACUGCUAUGAGCUUACUCAUGAGAGGUUUUAUGCUAGAUAAAAGCAGUAAAAGUGUAAUGAUACACAUUACAUUUAUCUGUGGAAAGAUGUCACCAAAUAAAAGCCUUAGAGUACACAAGGUGUAAUAAUAGUGAUACAUUACAUUUGUACGUGGAAAGACUUCAAAAAUAUAGGCAUUAGAGUAACACAAGAGUUUUUACCCUGAAGAAGAACAUUACAGAUAUAAAGAUUGGUGCAAUACUUUUACUUAUGUUACAGAUUUUGUUGUACAUGGGAGAAUUGAUGCUGAAGGGUAACCCUCUAACAGUUGCUCAAAUUGUAUUCAAUUUUAGAGAAUUUAUAUUGGAAAGAAACCCUACAACUGUAAUGAAUAUGAAAAAAUUGUUUUAAAAGUACACCUUAGAAAAUGCUAGAGAGUUUAUAUGAAAGCAUUUAACAGAUGCAAUAAAUAUAAAAAAUUAAUCAGAAAUCAAGUCUGAAUGAACAUCAGAAGAUUCGCAGUAGAAACCACUAAAACACUAACACUUUCAAUGUUUUUCUCAAUCAGGGUAUUGAUUACAAAGCGUAAUUCAAAGUUAACAUAGUUUAUUUAGGCUAAACAGGAAUAAGAGAGUAAUAUUUUGGAACUUACAAUUAUAUUCAAAGUACACUGUUUUUUGCAUGGAAAGAGUUUUAGAUUUUUACAAAGGCAAAUUUCGAUGUAAUUCAACUCUCAAAUUACUUGAUGCUGUGUCUUUAUUCCCAAUGUCUAUGUGAAAACAUGUGGUCAGUUUCUGCUGCUCGGAGCUUUGAGAGGUUCUAUUUAGGAUAUCAUUUAUAUAGUUUUCAACAGAAGAUUGAGGACACUGAAAUGUGAGGUGUGUGAAGAAAGUCUACACGGAGAAGCUUUUGUGGUUGACUUAUAAAACUUGUAAGUGCUGCAUGAGAUAGAUGUUCAGAGUAAUAGUCUUGUGCAGUAUUCAAAUUUUAGUAAAUUGUUGUACCGAUUGUACAUGAAUGUAGUGGAUUUUGUAAUGCUUUUCUUAGACUGUGUGGACUUCAUUUGUUUUAAUAAAACAAAAUUGUUUUAAUGUGUUAA